CAACUUCAGUGAGCUGCCUCAGCGCUGCGCAGUCAACCGUCAGCAGCGCCACUGGGUGCAGGGAUAUCCCGAUGAAAGGGGAGACUGUUCGGGGUGAGGAAUUCAGACAGCAGGCGACUGUGGAGUCCUCUGUCAUGAGGGGAAGUGGUUAACUAACCAUCACUCAGAGACAAAAGACUCAGAUGUUGCUGCCAUGUGCCACACUCACACCCGAAGCAGACGAAAAACUCAGCUCAUUGAAGACCUCUUGUCGACUUUCUGCCCUCUGAUCGAGGAAACAUUCAGUGACUCUCCUCCAAGACUCUCAGAGCUCCACCACUAUCAUCACCACAGUGUGUCCAACCAGACCCUGCCUUCAUCCAGCAGCAUCUUCCUCAUCGUCUCACAGGACUGGCUGUACUGUCAGUAAGGUUCAUUUACAAAUGUCUACCUCACGAUUAAAAGACCCCUCUCAAACACUGCGACCCUGAACAGGAUACAAAAUGACCUCGAGCAUUGACCGGGAUGACAGCAGUAUCUUUGAUGGGUUAAUGGAAGAAGAUGAAAAGGACAAAGCAAAACGUGUGUCCCGUAACAAGUCUGAGAAGAAACGCAGAGACCAGUUCAAUGUCCUCAUCAAGGAGCUGGGCACCAUGUUGCCGGGCAACACCCGGAAGAUGGACAAGUCCACUAUUUUGCAAAAGAGCAUCGACUUUCUGCAUAAACACAAAGAAAUCGCUGCUCAGUCAGAGUCAACCGAGAUCAGACAAGACUGGAAGCCUCCUUUUCUUAGUAAUGAAGAGUUCACUCAGCUGAUGUUGGAGGCGUUAGAUGGAUUUUUUCUUGCAAUUAUGACUGAUGGAAAUAUAAUCUACGCCUCUGAGAGUGUGACAUCCCUACUAGAACACUUACCUUCUGAUCUUGUGGAUCAGAACCUGUUGAACUUCCUGCCCAUGGGGGAGCAUUCAGAUGUGUACAAGGCUCUGUCCUCUCAUAUCAUGGAAGGAGAAACACUGACGCCUGAAUAUCUGAAAACAAAAAAUCAGUUAGAGUUCUGUUGCCACAUGCUCCGAGGGACGAUCGACCCCAAAGAGCCCCCUGUGUACGAAUAUGUCAAGUUCAUUGGAAACUUCAAGUCCCUGAAUAAUGUGCCUAACUGUACCCGAAACGGUUUUGAGGGAGUGAUCCAGCGGUCGCUUCACUCCGCCUUUGAAGACAGAGUGUGUCUCAUAGCAACCGUGAGGCUCGCCAAACCGCAGUUUAUCAAGGAGAUGUGCACUGUCGAGGAGCCGAAUGAGGAAUUCACCUCCAGACAUAGUUUAGAGUGGAAAUUUCUCUUCUUGGACCACAGAGCUCCACCCAUCAUAGGUUACCUCCCGUUUGAGGUCCUGGGUACAUCAGGAUAUGACUACUACCACGUCGAUGACCUGGAAACACUGGCCAAAUGCCAUGAACACUUAAUGCAGUAUGGCAAAGGAAAGUCCUGCUACUACAGAUUCCUCACCAAAGGGCAGCAGUGGAUUUGGCUUCAGACCCACUACUACAUCACCUACCACCAGUGGAACUCCAGACCAGAGUUUAUUGUCUGCACACACACUGUUGUAAGUUACGCUGAAGUACGAGCAGAGCAGCGCAGAGAGCUCGGAAUUGAAGAAUCACAACCUGAGAUCACAGCAGACAAGCAGUCCCAGGAUUCAGGCUCUGAGUCCCAGCUCAACACUUCCAGCCUGAAGGAGGCUCUGGAGCGCUUCAACCACAGCCGGACGCCCUCAGCCUCGUCUCGCAGCUCACGCAAAUCCUCACACACCGCCGUGUCUGACCCGGCCUCAUCACAGAUGAAGCUUCAGGGAGACAGGAGUACACCAGGUCGCCAGUCUGUCUCUGUUGUGGAGAUGACAUCACAACGAAGAUCAUCUAUCAGCAGUCAGCAGUCGAUGAGCUCCCAAAAUACAGGACAGAACAUGGCACCAUCCAUAGUGUCACAACAACAACAGCAACAACAACAACAACCGCAGUCUCAACAGCAGCAACAAGUUCAGACCAGCAGCCAAUCAAUGGUGCAGUUCUCCAGCCAGCUAGAAGCCAUGCAGAACCUGAAAGAGCAGCUGGAGCAGAGGACCAGGAUGAUCGAGGCCAACAUUCAGCGGCAGCAGGAUGAGCUGCGGCAGAUCCAGGACGAGCUGCAGAGAGUGCAGGGACAGAGCUUGCAGAUGUUCGUGCAGAAAGGAGCUGGAGGACUAAAUCUGGGGUCUGUUCAGAUGGCUCAGGGGAACGCCGUGCAGCAGGGGGGAACACUCAGCAUGCAGGGCCAGGUGGUCUCUGCAGGGCCUCUACAGAACAGCAUACAGCAACAACAUGCUGUCCAGCCCCAGCCCCAGCAACAAACACUCCUAAGGGAACAGAGCACAGCACUCUCACAGUCUCAGCGGUCGUCUCUCACUCUGCAGCCCCAACAAAAUCCACUGCCUGCGUCUCUCUACAACACAAUGAUGAUCCCUCAGCAAAGCCCUAAUGUGGUCCAGAUUGCCACCAGCCUGGCUCAGAACACUGGACCCAACACUCCUGCUGUGGCUACAUUUGCACAGGACCGUUCAGCUCAGAUUAGGUUUCCUGCCAGUCCUCAACUGCUCACCAAGCUAGUGACAGGUCAGAUGGCAUGUGGGGCAGUCAUGGUCCCCACAACCAUGUUUAUGGGCCAAGUGGUGACGGCCUUUGCUCCCCAGCAGGGCCAGACCCAGACCAUCAGCAUUUCCCAGCAGCCACCACAGCAGCAGCAGGAGCAGCAGGUACAGCAGCAGUCACAGGUCACAGCCAUGCAGCCAGGGCAGGCUCCACUGGCCCAGCAGCAAACACAGUUCCUACAGGCUCCUCGGCUUCUUCAUGGAAACCAGUCCACCCAGUUGAUUCUGCAGGCAGCGUUCCCUUUGCAGCAGCAGGGUACCUUCACUGCCGCAACACAACAGCAGCAGCAACAGUUACAACAGCAACAACAGUUGCAACAACAACAGCAGCAGAAGCAGCUACAACAACAAAAACAGCAACUUCAACAACAGCAGCAACAGCAGCUGGCCCCUCACAGGGCAGACAGUUUGUCUGAUCGCUCUGCUACGCAGCCACAGUAGCUGGCUACAGCCAAUCAGAGGUGGAGUGAGCCAAACCCAAGUGUGGGUGUCUUUGUGACGGGGGUCUAAAGAGGAGUUCUUCUCAAAGUACAGCGCUGAGACCAUGCCUCAGAGGCUGACGUGAUUGGAUGGGCAGGCUGUGGCUUCCCUCCCCUCACAAGGAUCUUUUGCUGUUUGCACUUAACUCCUGAGCACAGAGUGCUGCAGAGAACCAGGACUGGUCUCGCUGUUGCUCUGGCAGUGGGCUUUGGCUCUGGGACGAAGCCCUUUCUCCAAGAAAAGGGGGAGCAACAAUCCCUAUAAUGGACUCCCCCUCACACCCUCCCCUGGCCCUUUCCUUGUGUGUUCAGUGUGUGCGCGCAUGUGUGUGUGUGUGCUCCAGUCACCCUCACAGGAUUAUUUUAUGCAGAGCUCUCCGGUUAAUUAAGUUAACGCAGCGAAGCUUCUAUCAAGCUUCAAGGACAUCCUGCAGAACAGCCAGAGGCUUGUUUGCUUUGGAUGUUUUCUCCUAUUCUUGUUUUUCGUGUAAAAAUAAUUAUGGGUCAGAAAAUAUUUUUAAGAAUGUGGUGUAGAUUGAACUUUUACUGUACAGAACAUCAUGUAUAAUAUAUUAUGUAAAUACGAUGAAAAAGAAAGAACUAAUAUUUUAUAUGAUGAUGCAUGAAAUGAAAUGCGUAGUCUGUUAUUUGCAGCUUUGAAUAUGCUUUUUUUCUUAAGAAGAAAAGAUCUUAAAAUGCUUAGUGGCUGAUAUUUUCACAGACUUCCUUUCUCCUAGGGGAUGUGUUUGUGUGUCUGCAUAGCAGACAGUGCCGAUGCUGCUUGUUGUGUCACAGUUUGUUUAAUCCUUGACUCAUAUUUUCACAGAAUUUCAUAAAAUUGUCAAAAUGAUAGAGAAA